AUGAACACGGCUGGCGCCAUUGCUUUCUGCACAGUGGGAUCGGUAAUCGCAGUCAUUGCUGCCAUUCAAUGCUAUAGGAUAUGGCAGCAGGACAAAAAGCUGAAGAAAGCACGCUUGAAAGAUGCUCCUAGCGAUGAACGCGACAACACCACCAACACUACGGCAGAUCUGAAGAGUGACGGAGAACAUCGAGGAGGUGGUUUGACGAUACCAGGUGAUACACCGAACACAACCCAGCUUGGAAAAAGCCUGGAGCUUUACCCACCACCCGCUUGGACUGGGGGCUCUGGAACGCGACCCAACAGUGGCUAUGAUGGUCUCGAAGUGGUGUCAUCAACACCGGAUAUGGUGCAAAGAAAGGAUUUCGCAAUUCCCGUCAGCACAUCCCAAGCUCAGCAGAGACCAGGAGGUAGUAGUUGGACAGGCAGUUGGACCGAGUAUGCCAAUAGCAUCACAAACUUCGGAAAUGGCCAAGUAAGGAAUGUUGUUUCCGAGCAAAAGCUUCAUCAAACUCCUGCAUUGCAGCACCAAAAUCAAGGUCUGCUCCAACCGUCGUCAAUGGCACUGCCAUCUCGGAGCCCCUCUCCAAUAUCUGCAGUCCAAGGAGCAGCCCAAUUCGUGCAAGGAGAGUCAAUGAAUCAUCACAGUCAAAGAAAUGAAAAUUCAACAAGCAUAUAUUCCAUGCCCUCCACCGUGGAGCUGGCUACCCCUUCUCCACUUGCGUACCGACCCUACACCCCACGGAUAGGCCAAGAAAUGUACUCGCGAACACCUUCAAAGUCGCCCGAAGCGGUUGGAGGCAGGACAAACAUCCGAGAAAAGGAUUCAAGCAUACAAGAGCUCGAGAAUCCGAUGCAACGGGUCAGCAAUUGCUCGACAGCUUCUCAGAUUGAUGCUCAACCACCAGAUCGCCCGUUCUCUGGAGCGCGGGCUCAUAAUCGUCAUAUGAGCACCGAAAGCCACAAGUACCGAGCCUAUCAUCCCAGUGUAGAUGAGGGCAAGGUGCCAAAUCUGCUACCACGUCCAGCAGCACCACUGCAUUCCCAUUCCACAUCUUUGCCGGUCACUGGAGAGCAACAGGUAACCAUCUCCAAGCGGACUGCCAGUGAACAAGUACGUAGUGUACAUCAAAAACCAGGUCGAUUCAGUCUCAAUGCGUUGACGACCGCUUUGCCCAAGGGCAAACGUUGA